AUGUGUGACUCAAAUAAAAGAAAAAGAAAACGGGUAAAAGUGGAAUGCAUGGAAUGUGGUAGUCAAUUUAAUGAUGAUUUAAAAAAAAAACAUGAGGAAAAAUUACAUCGCGGAAAACGGGUAAAUGUUCAACAUGUUGGCGCACCCAAAAAUCCAUUUGAAAGUGCAGCUAAACGAAAUUUGAAUAAUCUGUCAAUGACACUGAAAAAUUGCACUUCAACCAGUUCAACCUUAUCAGCUAAUAAUAAUAAUGAUGAAAAAGAAUUUGAGGAUAAAUCAGCCUCUACUGUUCAAAUAGAUGUUGAUACAAAAUCUGAGAAAAAUGAAUCUUCAAGCCUAACAGUUAGUAAUGAUAGCAAUGAAAAAGAAUUUGAGAAUAAAUCAGAUUAUACUGUUCAAAAAGAUGUUGAUACUAAAUCUGAGAAAAAUGAAUCUUCAAGCCCAACAGUUAGUAAUGAUCGCGAUGAAAAAGAAUUUGAAAAUAAAUCAGAUUCUACUGUUCAAAAACAUGUUGAUACUAAAUCUGAGAAUUCUGAACAAUUUAUUGAAUACAAUAUUGAUGAAAAUUCGGAAGAAAUAUCAUGGUUGUUAUGUGCUGGUCAAAUGGAGGAUCUAGUGUCAAAUUUAAUUGAGUGCAAUACUUUGCUGUCAAAAUUGAAAGAAGAUAUAUUACCAAAUCCUAUUAUAUUUAUGUUGGAAAGUCGACAAGUAAUUAAUAGAAUAAAAUUAAAGUCAGAAUCUUUUUUACAAAAAUCCAAAGUAGUAUUAGACAACUUAACUGAUCCGUCUGACCAAAUACUAUCAGUUGGUGAAUCAAAUUAUUUUGUUGAACAUGAUCCAGGGCGUCGGAGUGAUAUCACUUCUUCGUCACAAAGGCAAUAUCUUUUAUCAUUGGGUCCACACCAACCUAAACUUUCAAAAUAUCCAAUCAACAAUGAUAUUGAUAAAUUUAAACAAAAAAGUUUUAGUCCUAUUUGGUAUAAGGAGUAUCCUAUGCUAGAGUACAGUUUGCUUACUGACUCUGCAUAUUGUUUUGUGUGUUCAUUAUUUCCAAAAGGGUUGGGAAAACAGUUUUCUAAUGAAGCAUGGGUAAAGCAAGGUAUUAAUUCGUGGCCAAAAAUGAAAAGUCGGGGAAGAGCUAAAUUAGGCAAAUUGGAACAGCAUUUUAGUUCUUUAUCACACAAAGCAGCUCUACAUGAUUACUGCAACUUUAUGAAAGAGUCUAAUCAUAUUGACGUUAUUAUGAAUAGAUCAAAAAGACAAGAUACAAUCAAACUAGUACAUGAAAAAGAAUUUAAUAAACAAAUAAUUAUAAUUUUAUUUGAUUUAGCACGAACGUUGUGUAGGCAAGGGUUACCCUUUCGUGGAGAUGGUGAUGAAUCUAAUGGUAAUUUUAAUCAAAUGGUUCAACUUAUGUCUAGGCACAAUCCUUUAAUGAACCGUUGGUUAAGUGAAAAAUCAUCAAGAUCUUACAAUGUCACAUAUUUAGGUCCACGUUCGCAAAAUGAGUUUAUCGAUAUGUUAAGUAAUGAAGUAAGAAGAAUAAUUGUGAAAGAAGUCCAGGAAGCAAGUUUAUUUUCAGUCAUGGCUGAUACAACCCCUGAUAAUUCACAUAAGGAUCGAUUGGCAGUUUGUUUGCGUUAUACUAAUAACAAUGGAAAAGCAAUUGAAAGACUUCUAGAAAUAGCUGAAGGAGUAGACAAAACUGGCCUAGGAACAGCUAAACAGAUUAUUGACAUUUUAACUAAACAUUCUAUAGGUACAGAUAAUUUGGUAUUUCAGUCAUAUGAUUAUGCUAGUAAUAUGUCUGGGCAGUUUAACGGUACACAAGCUAAGCUUUCAGAACUUGUUGGUCAUACUGUUUUUUAUAUUCCAUGCCAAGCUCACCGAAUGAACACAUUUUUGGAACAUGCAUGCAAUUCUAGUCUAAUUGUGUCAGACAUGAUUGACAACUUGGAAAACCUAUAUGUAUUUUUUUCAGCUAGCAAUAAAAGGUAUAGUGAAUUAAAUAAACAAAUGAUGGAUGUUGAUAAUACAUUACAAUUAAGAAAUUUAUCCAAAACAAGAUGGACAGCCCGUGCUGAGUCUAUUAAAGCUGUUUGGGUUUCAUUUGAAGCUAUAUGUAACACUUUGCAAAGUAUGUGUUCACAUAUUGAAAUAUUUGAUAGAAAUACUAGGACAAAAGCAUUAGGUAUUCUCAAAAAGAUGCAUUCAUUUGAUUUCAUUGUAUUCUUGAUAUUCAUGAAAAAUAUAAUGUACAAAUUGAAAUCACUAACUGAGACACUAGAAAAAAAAAGUCUAUGUGCAAUUGAUGCUGCUGUUUUGAUAGAGGCCACAAUUAAAAUUUUAGAAGAUAUUAAUUCAGAUUCAGAUGGAAUGAAUGAUUUGGUUGAUAGUGCUAAAUCCUUUGCAGCAAAUCUUGGUAUAGAUUCAGAAUAUGAUUUUAAUCUUCAUCACCGUAGAAGAAAACAGCCGACUUGUGAUUUUGCAAAGUGCAAAGAUAUAGAAGCCAUUCAAGCUGAAUUAGGAAUAUUAAAAGAAAUAUGCAAAGAUUUAAGUUCAACACCAAACACUGCUUUUAUCGGUUUAAUUGAAAAAUGUGAAGAAGUAAAACAUAUCCUACCAUUAGCUAAUAAUAUUUGUCGGUCAACUAUGACAGACGUUAGGUUAGAUUCAUUAAUGCUGUUGAGUAUUGAAAAAGAUAUUUUGGAUGAAGUUGAUAUAAAUAAAAUAGCUACACAGUGGUCUAAUAUGAAAGAAAGAAGAAUUAAAUUUUAA